AUAUAAUUUAAAUAUAAAUAUUACACGAAACACGAAUCUGUUGGUAUUUGGUAAUUGUGAUGGAUGGUUUAUUGAAAUAUCGAGAAAGUGAUAAAGUCUGGCCAUUAAACACGCAUAAAAAAAUGUUGCACGAGAUAUAAUGAAUAACCUGAAAUAGCAUGACUUUCAAAUAUUAAAACAGUAUUUCCUAAUCAAUUAAUUACUUCGGAUAACAAGUUCAAGUAUACUUCUCUUUCAUGAAAUAAGGAUAAACUUUUCUAUCAACUUUCCAGUCAAAAUUCAAUAAAUUAUACAAGGUAAAAAUAAUAUAUCAUAAAUCUUUAGGAUAACUUCUUCCUAACAAAAAAUUAACCGACAUUUGUGCAAGGUCAUUCCACUCCAAAUGUUACUCUGUUACUGCAUACUCUACAUUUUAAUGCAUAUCUCCAUAUCCAUAUCCAUGUUUCCUUUUUUAUUUUGUCGACAAAAGUCAUCAUAGUCAAGUCAUUUUGCCCAGCAAAUCCGCUACACAAGAAACCGUGUUUACUCAAACACGAGCUAAUUAUAGAUCUAUCGACCUUAGGCGAUUCCGAUCAUUAGGCUAAAUCCAUCGUUUUUGCCGUGACCAUAGGCUCGUGAGUCAGCUACCCAAAAAACCAACAAUUGUAAACAGGUCGCGAGCUCGGCGCCCGUUGGGACGUUUCGAGAACAUUCUCGAAAUUCAAAUCCCAACGCCUAUCGUCAACUCCGGCGGAUGUAAAUAUAGCGGACAGAGUAGCGACGCAUCCUUAGUUACCGAGAGAUUCGAGCAACGACAAUUUAACCGACACUUCUUUGCGCCGAUCGAUUAGCGACCGCGAAACGAAACAGCAAGUACAUUGUACGACUAGUGAAAAGGGAUGGGAGAGACUAGAGGCAGCAAAAUGCUUACAUCUUUUACGAUUACUUUUGGAAAUAGCCAUGCGUAUAUCAGUAUUAUCGAUUGUAAACAACUUUUUACAAAUCCUUGAAUUUCUGUGUUCAAUCGAUUUGUACAAACACAAAUUUUACAAAUGACGAACCAUGCAUAAAUUGCUUAAGAUAUGAAAUAUUGAUAAAUAUAUCGUACAAUAUAUAAUAUACUGAAUGAAUAUAGCAUAAAAACCUGCAAUUUAAUAAUCGCUACUAAGAUCUAUAUGAUAUGCAUCACAUAAUGCAGUAAGAUAUAGAUGUUAAAAUAACAAAUACAUUCCGCACACACAUGUUGUCAUUACUCAUAAUAACAGUUAACUAUACUAGCGAUAUGAGACGGUAAUUCAGCGAUGACGAGUACCAUUUUAAAAUUAUAAUGUAUACCGAUAUCAUAUCAUUAUUACAUAGAUUAUGUAAAAUGACGAUAACCUGGAGACGUCCUUUUUAGUAGACCUAUAACCAGGACCUGCUUCAGUUCGUCUCGACACGAGGAAUAUGAAGCACCACCUCUCUAGUCUGUUGUUCGUUCUGUGCGUCUUGUACAUCGCGGGGCAGUCGGAAUGUUACAAGAUUCUAGCCAUCGUUCCGACACCAUCUUACAGUCAUCAAAUACCGUACCGACGAUUAUGGCUGGAACUACACAAACGAGGUCACGAAGUUGUGCUAGUCACGGCGGAUCCUAUACCAAAUAUCAAAUCACCGAAUUUUACGCAAAUCGAUAUUAGCCAAUCUUACGGAUCCAUAAGGAGCUUAGAUUUUGUUCAAAUGCGAUUUGAGGGAAAACGCUGGUUGCAUAUUGUGGAAGAAGAGAUGUUGCCUAUAGUCGAAGUUUUUGCGGAAACGGUACUCAAUUCUACAGAACUGCGGAAGCUGUAUGCUCCAGAGAGCAACGCAACGUUCGAUGUCUAUUUGACGGAAUUCCUCUUCGCGCCUGCCACUUACGCUUUCGCACAUCGAUUCAAUGUUCCUAUAAUAGGGUUAAGUUCAUUAGGGAUACUUGCCAUUAACGAACACGCUCUUGGUGGAUUAGUUCUCCCUUCUCACGAGUACACAUGGGAAAUGGAAGACAACACAGGUACGAAUCUCCCGUUCUUGAAGAGACUGAGCAAUUUCGUCAACAUGUGGCGUAGCUUACACUACGUCUAUCACGAGAUCUUCCCUCAGCAACAGAAAUUGGCCGAAAAAUAUUUUGGACCUCUGCCACCAAUGUUAGACGUAUUGAAAAACGUUAGCAUGCUUUUCAUCAAUCAGGCCGAUGUUAUGGCACCGGCUCGACCGAAACUUGCGAACGUAAUCACGUUCACAUCCUCCCACAUUGAAAAAGUGCCGAAACCUCUGCCGAAGGACUUACAAGCAUUUCUGGAUGGUGCCACCAAUGGGUUCAUCUACUUUAGUCUUGGUAGUAACGCAAGAAGUGCAAGUUUACCAUUGGAGAUCCGACGCAUGUUCUGCGAUGUGUUCGUCAAGUUACGUUAUAGAGUUGUCUGGAAAUUCGAGGAUGAUUUUCCCGGGAAACCUGAUAAUGUUUACAUCGGAAAAUGGCUGCCACAACAAACCAUUCUCGCUCAUCCGAACAUUAAGCUGUUCAUUUAUCAAGGAGGCCUGCAGAGCAGCGAGGAGACCGUCCACUACGGAGUACCAGUUCUUGGUUUCGCAAUUUUGGCCGAUCAAGAUUAUCAAGUGGCCAGAAUGGAAGCUCUGGGCAUUGGAAAAUAUUUAGAAAUUACAACCCUUAAGAAAGAUGAACUUGAAAAUACCAUUACAGAGCUUAUAACUGACAGAAAGUACAAAGAAAGGAUACAUUACAUCCGAAAUGUCGUUCAGGAUACACCACAUGAUCCGGUAGAGAAUCUCGCUUGGUGGACAGAGUACGUGAUACGAACGAAAGGCGCCCCUCAUCUUCGCAGUAGUCUAGCCUUUCAGCCUUGGUACCAACGUUGCGAUAUGGACAUUGUAGUGUUCUUAACGAUCACAAUUUUCUUGAUCGCUUCUACUACCUUUUAUUUAAUUGCCAAGAUUGUCGUCUACAUUCAUAAGAAAAUCAAAUCAACUGAAAAGCAAAAGAUAAGCUAAGUAUUUAUGACGCAAUUAUUUAAAGAGAGGUACUUGUAUCACAGUUCAGUCCAAGUGACGCAAGCGUUUAGCAUCUCAUUUCAACGAAUGAAUUUUAUCUAGUUUCGUUAAGGAAACGAUCAGCCCGCGUUUUGUAAUUGGCCAGUUACUCUGGUCACAAGACUAACGAUUCUAGCUCGGAAAAGCUUUCAAAUAUAAGAAAGAUUUGAUUAACAUUUAAACCUCAUCUAUACGUUGUUGAUCUCAAGAUAGAGAUUUUUUAGGAGGCGUAAAGUUUAUUAUAAAUUAUUAUCAUCGAUGAGGAGAAAUUACAUUGAAAACGUAGGCAUGUCGAAGUAAAGUAUUGAUAUGUAUAGAUAUAUGUAUACAUACGUAUGUUGCGUUCCCGACGUUAUUUCGUUCAUUUCUUAAUUUAUUGUUUUUGACUGUAACGCAUCUUCUGUUAUCGUGAACGAAAACGAAAUACUUUAAACCUUAUAUUAUAAGGGACCAAUCAGUAUUGCUGACAGUAGGUUAAUCAUGUGAUCAAAUAGUACUUGUUAUUCACGAACAUAUCCCAAUUUAGCCAAUAAAAGUCUCCGCAUCCUGCUCCGUUAAGCGAAGCAAAAUGUUGAUGAUGAUUGACAUAAUAAUUUUAAAAUUUGUAGGCGUCAUGUAGUUGUUCGAAGUAAAUCCUUUUUAAUUGAUACAAAAUUGUGUAGAACAAAUCGUAAAGUCAUAAAUAAAUAGAAUAAUAAUUGAAGUACAUCUAUUUAGGAAAUCAAUAAUCUUUAUAAACCGUAAUAAACAUCAUAAUUUUUGUACCAGCAAGUGAUUCUUGCCAUAUUUUACCCUACGAGCUAAUUGUUAUAGUAGCCAUUUACUUCCUACCAAAUAAUCUACUGCUUACUUAACUUUAGAAUUAUGCUUAUCAGACUAUUCAUUUAGGGACAAAUGAUUUUUGUCAAGCACUUUUUUUUACUGACAAAUACUUGUCAGCUCGCUGUUCAGAUGACAAAUAAUCUUUGAUGUUAUAUCUUUCUAGCCUGGUAUUUCCAACAACUUCUCUUAUAGUAAUAAAAGAUACGUACGUAAAAAGAAUUUUGCAGUAUUAUUACAAAUAUUUAGCAAAGCUUCGAACGAUUUAUAUUCACAUGAUAUCUUCAUAUCUUAUUCAUAAAACAUUGAUAAAGUACCGCUAUAAAAAAUAUAAGAGCAAAAUUCCAAUCAUUAAUUAAAAUAUUGUACAUACGUAAUUUUUGCGUAUUAAAAUUAAUAUGUAUAGAAACAUUCUCUGAAACAGAAGUGAUCCGUUAUGUUCGGUUAUGAGCAUUUAUGACUAAAGAGAGCGUGCAUUAAAGCCUGUUGCUUAUGAAGCUUUGCAUUUGGAUUUAUAACAACACUAUAGCAAUAGUCUGCGUCGUCAAUCUGGUAGCGUAAACUGGUAAUAGAAUACAACUGUAUAUUUCUAAUAAAUUUUUUCAUGAUGUUUA